AACCUGAACUCAUCGCUGAUCAGUUGCAAUAAGAUGUACCAAAUCUGUCCGAUAUUUCUUCUCGGUAUCUACGUUUGCAAAGGAAACGCCUAUCUGGUAGAUGGCAAUAUACAUUACGCAAGGAUCCCAGGAAACGAUAACAAAAUUCCACCAAGUUUCGAUAUCACAUCGGUAAAUGAACAUGUUUCUUCUUUAUCCGAAUGUGGAAUCAAAUGUUCGGGGGAGUUUGGAUGUUGCUAUUUCUUUUAUAGUAGUUCCUCACGGAGAUGCCUCACAGCUAGCGGUGUUAAGGAUAGUGUAUUAGUUUCAUCAUCGGGAUUUAGGCAUUACUCGAUUCAUGGGGCUGAUAUUGCUGAAGGUCAGUGUUUUGAAGAUUCGGUCUACACCAUUGGAUUGACACGAUUAACUUGGGAUGAUGCAAAGGCGGCAUGUCUUAACAUGGAUGCGAACCUUGUGGAGAUCGACAAGUGGGAGGAAAACACAUUUCUGCAAAUAUUGUCUAGGAACUUUAUAAAAGAGACAUCCUGGAUAGGCGCAACAGACUCUCGCUUGGAAGAGACUUGGCAAUGGACUGAUAGCAACGAUACGUUUUCUUUCACUGCAUGGGGAGAGAAGCAACCAAAUAAUUAUCACAAUCAGGAUUGUCUCACGUUGUUCGAUGAGUUUGAUUAUUUGUGGGCUGACGAACACUGUACAAAUAAUCUGUACAAGUAUACAUGUGAGAAAACCAUAGAAUAAAAUUGUAUUUGAAAUGAUAUUUUGACAAUUUGUACAAUAUAUUUAAAUUUUUGAUCUAUAUAAUGCUGUUUCCCUGUUGAUGUAAUAGGAAAAUAUCCAACGAUAUCUUUUUUGAAACGCCCCCUCGAUUUUGUCAGGUUUUAAUACACGGCUAAAUAAAGUCUACGUGGAUUUGUCAUAACAAUAGACAUAAAAAGUACCCGAAUGAUGACGUUGAAAAAUUGUGCGAGGUAUUUCGAGUGGCUUUCGAAUGAAGAAAAGAUGUCAAUAUUUUCUAGUUCCGUAAGACUUUUUUUCCGUUACUGUAAAUUGUUCGAGUGAAAGAUGAUAAUGUGUCAAUGAAGAUAUCUUGUAUAUUUUCCUUUUAUUCUACAUGUAUUUUAAUCGUACUUCGUUCAUAGGUAUAUCUAUUUUAUUGAAAAUCGUUUAAAUGUGUUGCAUAAAUUGAGACAGACGAUAGUUACAGUAUUUGUCGUUCUUCAAUGUACUCUCUAAUUUUGGCCACAUAAUUAUGCAUAAUUAUAUUUGCAGUUUUAAUUGAAGAUUCCACUGUAUGAAAUAUAAUUUAUUUUUUUUUUGUAAUAGAAAACCACUCUUGAAAUCUUCUCACGAAAAGAUAAUUAUCAUUGCGGUCUUAAUUGUUAUCUAUUAGGAGGAAAAUGUAGCAAAUUUUCCAAUAAAAAUUAAAUAAUGACAAUCUAAAUUCCGAUCAGAUGAUCGUGUAUUAUUUCCUCAAAAGUUCAAACUUUAUUUUUUUUUUUAUUGUAAACAA